AUGCCGAGCAACGAGAAUGGGAUCACGAAUGGAGUGAAUGGUCAUGCCCACACAAAUGGCCAUGCAGCUACCAAUGGCUACACAUACACCAAUGGACAUGGAUCUACCAACGGCCAUGCACACACCACACCAGGGCCUUCUCCCUCCCCAAUCGCCAUAGUUGGCAUGGCCUGCAGAUUCGCCGGUGGUGCGACCAGCCCGGAGAAGCUAUGGGAACUUUGCGCAACCGGCCGCGAUGCGUGGAGUCGAAUUCCCAAGUCCCGAUUUGAUGUCGAUUCACUUUAUGAUGCAGACAAGGAUAAGCCUGGAAGGAACCAUGCCACAGGAGGAUAUUUCCUAGAAGAAGAUGUGAGCUUGUUUGAUGCCGCGUUUUUCAACUUCACGGCUGCUGUGGCGAAUGCCAUGGAUCCUCAACUGCGCCUGCUUCUGGAGGUAGUAUAUGAAGCGACAGAAGAUGCCGGUAUCCCCAUCGAAAAGCUCGCCGGUCCAGAAUCCAGUACCUCAGUCUUCACCGGAUGCUACACAAAAGACUAUCACGAUCUCCUGACCCGAGAUCCUGAGACCAUGCCGCCAGCCACUUUGACGGGAAACUAUACCGCUAUGUUUUCCAACCGACUUUCCCACUACUACGAUUUCCAAGGCGCCAGUAUGUCGAUUGACACAGGCUGUUCGGCGGCUCUGGCCGCCCUUCACCAAGGGUGUCAAACCAUUCGGUCAGGCGAUUCCAAAGUGUCUAUCAUCGGCGCGUCCAACACGAUCUUGAACCCAGAUAUUUACAUUGCCAUGUCCUCAUUGGGAAUGGUGGGCGCGGAAGGGCGAUGCUAUGCAUGGGACACUAGAGCAGAGGGAUAUGGUCGAGGCGAGGGCGUUGCGGUCCUCGCUUUGAAAUCUCUCGACGACGCUUUGCGCGACGGAGAUCAAGUCCACGCCGUGAUUCGGAACUCGGCGCUGAACCAAGACGGAAACACAACGACCAUCACUUCCCCGUCGCUGGAGGCUCAGGUCCGGCUGAUCCAGGACUGCUACCGUCGAGCACGCUUGGAUAUCUCGGAGACCGGAUACGUCGAGGCCCACAUGACAGGCACACAGGCUGGAGAUGCCACCGAGGCGGAAUCGCUGGCUCGAACAUUCGGCUCGAGUCGCUCUGACGGGGACGCGGUCUGGAUCGGUGGCGUCAAAACCAAUGUCGGACACACAGAAGGUGUCAGUGGAUUGGCGGGUAUCAUCAAGGCGGCCAUGGCGAUGAAGUAUCAGGCCAUUCCGCCCAAUCUCAAUUACAAGGUCGGAAACCGCAAGAUCCCGUUGCAGGAUUGGAACUUGCAGGUCCCUACCAGUCUGGUGGAUUGGCCGAAGAACAAACCUCUGCGCGCGUCGAUCAACAACUUCGGUUACGGGGGUACAAACGCCCAUGUUAUUCUCGACGGCAUUGCCGAGCAGACACAGAGUGGCACUUCACUUUCAAUAACCCCAGCGAAUGGGAGUGAAGUAAAUAUCUCUCGUCUUUACAUCCUCAGCGCCCAGGAUGCGACGACGACCAAGAAUAUGGCGAAGAACCUAGCCGCAUACCUGCGGCAGAGCAACAGCGUCCCAAGUGCAAAAGACCUCGCCUUCACUCUUGUUGAGCGCCGGUCCCGUCUCUCCUGGGUUGCGACCGUCCGAGCUCGCAGUAUCCCCGAGCUAGCCGACCAGCUUGAGAAUGACGCUCUUCAAGUCGCUUUCGCGCCAGCUAAGAGGCAAAGCCCGCGGCUGGGAUUUGUGUUCAACGGCCAAGGUGCCCAAUGGCACGCCAUGGGUCGUGAACUGCUCCACGAGUAUCCGGUCUUCGCUGCCAGUGUGAAGGCGGCAGAUGAGGUCUUGCGUGAACAUGGCGCAACUUGGUCAUUGAUCGAAGAGUUGACCCGCGAUUCAAAGUCCACCCGAGUGUCGGAGAUCCACCUCGGUCAGCCCAUCACGGUGGCUUUGCAGAUCUGCCUGGUGGAUCUUCUUCACUCGUGGGGCAUCUAUCCAUCGGCUGUCACCAGCCAUUCUAGCGGCGAGAUUGCAGCCGCUUACGCCGCCGGCCUUCUCUCUUUCGAGCAGGCUCUGGGAGUAACCUACUGGCGUGGUGAGCUAGCCCGACUUAUGCUCGGGCAGGAAGACUCGGGCUUGGUUGGCGGCAUGGCUGCUGCAGGUCUUAGUCCGGACGAGGCCCAGGGCUACCUAUCCAAGACAUCUUCCGGCGGCCGAGUCGUAGUGGCUUGUGUGAACAGCCCCGAGAGCGUCACGCUAUCCGGAGACCUCCCCGAUCUCGAAGAAGUCGUCGCUCGCGUCGAGGCGGACGGCCGGUUUGCUCGCAAGCUGAAGGUGCCUGUAGCCUACCAUUCCCAUCACAUGCAAGUGAUGGCAGCUGCCUAUACAAAGAAGCUACAGGAUCUAGUUCCUUCGUGGUCCGAAUGGCCGCGUCCACAUGUGUUGUAUACCUCUCCUGUCACUGGCAGUAUCAUCUCCUCGCCCGAAGCCCUCGCUCCCACUCACUACGUGAACAACUUGACCAACCCUGUCUUGUUCAGCCAAGCGUUUGAAGCGAUGUGCUUUGGCUCUUCCGCCACCAACGUCGACGCAGUGGUUGAAAUUGGACCCCAUGGUACCCUAGCAGGACCCAUUCGGCAGAUUCUGCAGGGUCGCAAGAUGCCGUAUGUGAGUUGUCUCAAGCGGCCAGUUGACUCGGUCGAGACGAUGCAAGACAUGGCAGCGAACCUCAUCCGCCUCGGAUAUCCAGUGCACCUCGGUGCUGUGAACCAUCCGGUUUCGACUAAAGAAGAAGGCGUCCGGCGAUUUGUUCCGGGCCUCCCAACUUAUCCCUGGAACCAUAGUACCAGCUACUGGGCCGAGUCCCGCGUCAAUCACCAGAUUCGAUACAAGCCGUAUGCUCCGCACGAGCUACUUGGGCUUCCUAUCUCCGGAGCAGCGACGCUCAUCUGGCGGAACUUCUUGCGGCUGUCUGACUUGCCGUGGAUGGGAGACCAUCGUGUUGAUGGCGCAAUCGUCCUUCCCGGUGCUGCGUAUGCCUCGAUGGCCAUCGAAGCAGUUCGUCUUGUCAAAGGCGAAGUCAGCAUUCACGGCUAUCGCCUCCGAGACCUGGAGUUCCUGAGCGCCUUGACAAUCCCCGAAAUAGGCGGCUCAUCAUCGUCAAUUGACGGCGUUGAAAUGCACUUCUCCCUGCUACCCUUGCAAGAUGAGGACGGGAAUGAGGUCGAAGGCUGGUACCGAUUCAGCGUACGUUCACUGGGUGGCAACGGUACCUGGGCAGAGAACUCGCGCGGGCUGGUAUCGGUGGUCACUGAGGCCGAAGAUGUCGAUGAAGCUCUUAUUCCCGAUCAAGAGUCAUUCUUGCAGGGCCGUCGCAGCGCGGAGAAACUAGAAGGCAGUGCUGUCCGAGCACGCGUGGCCGAAAUGGGCGUUGAAUACGGUCCGGCCUUCCACGGCCUGGUCGAUUCCAACGCAGCUGCAGCUUCCGGCUCUCUUCCUAGAGCGGUAGCCAAUUUACGUUUGAAUUCUCUGGGGUCUUUGGAAGAUUCCGAGGCCGACGGCCCAAACACGACCUCAUAUGUCAUCCACCCCACGACUCUGGACUGCAUUGUGCAAGCGACAUAUAGUAAUUUGCCCAGGGGAACCGGAAAAAUGGCCAUGGUGCUGCCUCGCUUCAUCGAAGAAAUGUUUAUUCCGCAGUUGCUCAACCGGGAGAUUGGCGAAAGCCUAACAGUGUUCAGCGAGCUGCGCAAAACUGAGAGCACUGGCUUUGCGUCCAAUGUCUCCGUCGUGAAUACCAUGGAUCAAGAAGAGAAAUACGGCGGCCCUUUGGCCUUAAUGGAGAUAAGCCGACUCUUCUGUCAAGCUAUUCCUCGGGUGAGGGCUAUCGAAGACGACGGUCCUGGUGUCCGACUAUGGGAUACCCGGUGGGAACAAGACGUAUGGCACGACGGGAUUCCGGCCUCCAUCAAGGAUUCCAUGCGAGUCACGCUAGACAAUGAAGAUGCUGCGUGGGAGAAGAAGCUGGUCAAAGCUUCAUACCAUCUAAUCCAUGAUGCCGUAACCAUUCUCGAGGGCCCGAAUCUCACGCAAGAGGCCUGGACACCCGAUCGUCGCGUCUUAUUUUCCUGGAUGAAGACGAUCGUGGAACAAGGCAAAGCCGGGACGCUCGCACCCGGUAGCAAGUUGUGGCAACGAUCCAGCAAGGGUGUCAAGCAAAUUCUGUUUGAUGAGCUGCAGGCAAAGGGAGGCACGCACGGGAACCUUUUGAUUCGCGUCGGUCAGCAGCUGGGAGCCAUAGUUCGAGGCGAUAUCAUCACACCGCACGAGGCCCUGAAAAAGGAGGAUGAGGCAGGUGAUCUGCGAGUUCAAUAUCAUCAGGAUCUUUCGGGACUUCGCGUGCGCAGUGGAACGCAUCUAAGAAAACUGGUCCGAUCAUUUGCAGCGAUCAAACCCGGACUGAAAGUUCUCGAAGUCGGCGCUGGUGAUGGGACUCUGGCGCAAACGAUCCUGAAAUCAUCCGGCAAUCACGGUGACGGCACUUCGCUCAUCGAUCAAUACAUUCUGACCAACUCAACAUCUGCGCUGUUCGAUGCUGCGAAGCAAAAGCUGACCGCCUGGGAGGAAGCUGUUAAGUAUCGAGAGCUAGACUUCGAGGAUGGCCAGGCUAUCUCGAAGAUUUCGUCCGAACUUAAGGCGGACGUCAUCGUGGCAUCUCUGUUUCAGCUCCAAUUCUCUAACUUCGAAGCGACUCUCAAUAAUGUUAGAAGCCUUCUUAGCCCGGGUGGCAAACUCCUACUGGUUGAACCAACGCAGGGUCGGCUGGAUAUGCAGCUCAUGGUUAAAGCCCUCGCUCUCACCGAAACGAAGACCGAAUAUCCCAUGCCGUUACUUGCUUGGGAUGAAAAGCUGAAGACCAAUCAAUUUACUGGUCUCGAGCUCACCGUUGAUGACUUUGAACAACAGCAGCACCGAGGGUUCAGUGUGUUUGUAACCAGCGCAGCACCACCGACAAAGAAUGGGGCCGUGAACGGCGUCGACGGAAAACUAACUGCUUCGCUUAUCCUGCAUCCAUCGUCUUUCCCUUCUGUUUCCCAGCAACCAUGGGUAUCUCGCGUGAUUGAGGCGGUCCAAGCUCGGACGGGCUUGAAGACUGUCGUCGAGAGCUUUGAUCUGGCUCAACCCGACGACAAAAAAGUGGCUCUCUUGGCUACCGACCUAGAGGGGGAGACACUGCUCGAUAGCCUGGACGAGACGCAGUUCAGUCAACUCCGCCAGAUCCUUCUGGGCAGCCGCGGCGUUCUUUGGGUGACCAGCAGCGGCGGCACCCGGGAUGAUGCGGCACCCGGAUCUGCCCAGGUCAAGGGACUUUUACGGACUCUUCGCCAGGAGGAUACAGACCGAGCCUAUGGCCUGUUGGAUCUGCCACGCAACUGGACUACCUCUGCAAAAUCAGACAUAGGCGCCGUAGGAAUUGCGCGUGUUCUUCAGAAGAUUCUGCACGAGGACACCUCUGAAGCCGCGGAUUGGGAGUAUGCGCUUGGGGAUGAUGGUUCUUUCUACCUUCCGCGCGUGCAUCCCGUCCAGGUCCACGAAAAUGCCACGUCGGAGACAAAGCCUGGGCUGUUGUUGCCGUUCCAGAGCUCUGAGCAUUCUCUUGUAUGGGAUGAUGCGGCUUCGAGCUUCAUCGGAAAGCUUCGGCAGCAGGAAGCCAAAGAGACGCCCGCGGGAAUGAUAGAGAUUGACGUCAAAGCAUUCAGCCCCAGACAUCCACCAAAGACUGCCAACGAUGAAAAUGCUGCCACUCUGUAUGAAGCGUCAGGCGUUGUUGUGGGUCUCGGUAACAACACCGAGGCCAGCGGUCUCCAGCUAGGGGACAAUGUAUGCGGCCUUGCUGCGCCUGGUACUAGGGUGGCAAGCACCGUGCGAGCACCUUGGACCACCAUCACUCGAGUGCCGGAUGGGAUCAGCUUGGAGACGGCUGCGUGCAUGCCGUUGGCCUAUGCUACAGCUUAUCACGCGUUGGUUCAUGUUGCAAGGCUUCAAGAUAACGACAAGGUUAUGAUACUGCAUGCCAUCGAGAAUCUCGACAGCGAGGCGACAAUUGGACUCGCCGCUCAGAUCGGGGCUGAAGUAUCGAUCGUGACCCACAAUGGGAGUGACUCGGACGCUAUACAGCUUUCUGAGCAUUACCAUAUUCCUAUGGAGCGAAUUUUGAUCAAGCCAUCCACAAAAACGCUCAAUGAGGUUAUUCUCGGUCAGACAAACGGCUUAGGUGUUGAUGUCCUAGUGAACGCUGUGUCUUUGCCCAAAUCACAAUUAGAGUUGGGUCGACUCGGCGAGGAUAUCAUCGCUCGCUUCGGCCGAGUGGUCGAUCUCGGUGGCGCUCAGAGCCAUGAGCUGGACGUAAAGCAGUUCGCCGCUCGUUGUGCGAGCUACGCACGGGUGGAUGUGAUUCAACUUGCCAAGCACAAUGGCAAAGUGAUGAAGCAAGCACUUGACGCAGCCUUCCAGUUUCUCUCGCGCAGCAACACUGCUUUGCCGACGCCGCCAAGCCUGUCUGGGGUGGCUCAAUACCCAGUCUCCGAGUUGAAGGACGCCCUGGAAUUCAGCCAGGAGAAGCAUGUUCCAGUUCUCGUGGUCCCGAAUCCAGACAGCGUUGUCAAAGUUCUCCCCCCUUCGCAUUCCAUUUCACUCACCUAUGGAGACGGGACAUAUCUAGUCUGCGGAGGCGUCGGGGGCAUUGGCAGUACUAUAGCAUUGUCAAUGGUGUCGAAGGGGGCGCGGAAUGUGAUUGUCGUCUCUCGCAACGCCGAGUCCCAUCCAGCAACAGAGUUCCUUGCUGAAGAUGCGCGUCAAAAGGGUUGUCAUCUGAAGUUCGUCAACUGCGACGUAUCGGACGAGCAAAGUGUCAUUAGUCUCGUCAACCGCAUCUCGGCCUCCUCACCCCCAAUCCGAGGGGCUGUUCAUGCCGCGGCUGUACUCGAGGACACCAUCUUUGAACAAAUGACCUUUGCACAGUGGCAAUCCGCACUGAAGCCCAAGGUCGCCGGUGCCCGGAACUUGCAUCGUCAUCUGCCAUCCGAUCUGUCUUUCUUCGUGCUCCUUUCCUCUAUCACGGGUGUUGUCGGCCAUCCCUCGCAGGCCAACUACGCAGCCGCGAAUACAUUCGAAGACGCCUUGGUCCGUGAACGCGCGGCACAGGGUCUCGCAGGUAUUAGUCUAGAUUUGCCCGCCAUCACAGGCGCCGGCAUGGUAGGCGAUAAUGCAGAGGCCCAUCGACGAGUCGAGGCCCUUGGAACCGAGUCGAUGCCCAUCGACAAGGCCCUUGAUCUGAUCGAAACGGCCAUCCUGCGCGACGUAGACCGUCAAUGGAGGCAAUCCCAGGCACAUCUCAACCACGAAACUUCAGCUUCUGACGGCGAGGUCGUCCAGCUCAUCGCCGGCCUGCAGCCGUGGAGUCUUCUUUCCCCGGACGCGACCGUCCGCCGGGAUAAACGUUUCGGCACCCUCCGUCUGAUGGGAUCGACCUCCGCAUCAGCGUCUGACGAUCCUUCCUCCGCAGGUAGUAUUUCGGACCCAACAACGCUUCUGAUUCAAGCUCUCAGUCGCAGCAAGGACGAAAACGAUGCUGGAGCGAAGGAGAAUGCGGUAGUUGACGCCCUUGCUGCGCGACUGGCCGCCAUUUUCAGCGUGCUGGUUGAGACCAUCGAUCUCGGGCUGACAAUUGCAGGACAUGGCGUGGACUCUCUGGUGGCGGUUGACCUGCGAAAUUGGCUCGCUUCGGCUGGGAAGGCCAAGCUGUCUAUUUUCGACAUCCUGCAGAGUCCGUCGUUGAAGCAUUUGGCUGGGUUGGUGGUGGGGAAGAGUGGAUUGUCCAAAUAA